AUGUCGUCUUCAAAUGUGAGUAUCACGGAAGCCUCCACCAUUAGACAGAAUACAAUCAUCUUCGUACAAGUUUGGUGUUAUUUGAUGAUCAGUCUCGGCACUAUUGGUCAUACAUGCAGUGUCUAUGUAUUUACACGACCUACGCUCCGUUCAAAUUCAUGCACAUGGUACUUCUUGGCAGCAUCGAUGAGUGGCGCCGGCGUUGUUCUCAUUAAUAUACCAUUGCGGCUUUUACAGGCUGGAUAUGCUAUCAAUAUCUAUACGAAUUCAUUAAUCGCAUGCAAAGUGAUCACAUUUAUACAACAAUGGACUAGAGCACAGUAUGCUUGGUUUACCGCUUUGGCUUGUGUUGAUAGAUUUCUAUGCAGUUCAUCUUCUGCAACACUUCGCGCCUACAGUAGUCUUCAUUCUGCUUCUCGUACUAUUCCUGUGACUAGUUUACUAGUGGGUAUAGCUCUUUUUCAUAUUCCUGUCUAUUUUCAAAUCAAUAUGCGCCAACAAACAUGUGUUCCAAUGUCAGGCAUCUAUCAAACGUUUUUCGGCGUGUGGAAUUUGGUGAUAUUUAGCGUUGGCCCACCACUAGUCAUGCUUUGUUUCGGUCUGCGUACUGUUCAACAUAUUCGUGGAUCGAUUCAACGCACAGGUGCAACCAAUGUUGCAGUUCGAACUGAGAAUCAACGUCGCAAAACUACAGAUCGUCAGCUGAUUCAGAUGAUGUUUGUUCAAUGUGUCAUAUUCAUGCUCACAGCAAGUCUACCAUCGGUACAAUUCAUUUAUACGUCAGUCCGAUCAAGUUUAGUCAUCGAUGAUCUUCAAUCAGCUAAAGACAAUUUGUUUUACAACGUUUGUGGUUUCGUGUCUCUUACAGUUCCAUGUUUAAGUUUUUAUCUGUUCACUCUAUCGAGUAAACUGUUUCGUUGUGAAUUGAUGAAACUGUUCAAUUCCAAAUGGCGAAGUCAACAAAUAACUGUCACUAGUACUAGUCUGAAACGAAGAAACUAG